CACAAGUGCUUGACAUCGUCGCUGUCCGCCCUUGCCACGUCCGCACGCUGAGCAUCUAACCCCCCCGUUCAUCAUGUCUCAUGAAAACCGUCCUAAGCGUACUCCUCAAGAACGUUUGCGGGACGCAGACAGGUUGUACUCUUCUCUGCGUUCAUGGGAGAAAGGCUGGGUAGACCGGCAGCCGUUCCUCGAAUCGCGGGGGUAUAUGCUGCGCCCACGAUAUCGUCCAGGCUGGGUUCCUUCGUGGAGGGGAACCGAUGAGUAUCCUUGGUUAUUCGAGGACUCAAUCAGCCUACCUGUGCGGGAGUACCUGACCGAUGCAACCAGGAUAGCUGAUGGGAUGCUUGUAUACAUCAAGCUGGUCAAGACUGGAGAUAAUGAGUCUCGCAUAGCAACCAUGCUCUCCGACCCAUCCUUCCGCGACGACCCAGACAAUCAUUCUGUACCUAUCCUAGAUACAUUUCAAGAUGCAAAGGACAAGAGCAUAUCAUAUCUGGUUAUGCCAUUUCUUCGUCUCAUCGAUGAACCUCCAUUCGCGCUUGUUGGGGAGGUUGUCGAUUUUGUUGAUCAGAUUCUCAAAGGAUUGCAAUUCCUUCACAAGCAUGGCGUGGCACAUCGUGACUGCACGUAUAAAAACCUGAUGAUGGAUGCAAGCGAGAUGUUUCCGCAGGGAUUUCAUCCAGUGGACCAGACAAGUCUCCCGGAUGGAGAAACAACAGCUCCUUAUUAUCGUCGCACGGACGUUCAUGUCAAGUACUACUUUGUCGACUAUGGCAUAUCCGUUCACAUUCCGCGAGAUGCACAAUCCAAGCUAGUGGUCGGAGUCAACGGACGGGAUCAGGAGGUGCCUGAGCUAUCUGAUGAUACCCCCUACGAUCCUUUCAAAGUCGAUGUGUUUAUCAUUGGCAACGUCUUCCGCCAUGAGUUCUACGAAAAAUACUCUAACCUUGAUUUCUUAUUGCCCGCGAUGAAGUCAAUGCUGCAGAACGAUCCAGCAAGAAGGCCUAGCGCUUCCGAAAUAGUCGCUCAAUGGCAAACCAUCAGAGACACUAUCUCGCCCGUGCACUUGAUAUGGAGGCUAAGGCCUCGCGCAGAGGGCUUCGUCCUUACGGCGAUUAAUGAUACCGUGUCUUUGGUUGGUUCUGCUGCUUACUUUGGCAGAUUAUUGUUCAGUUGGGCUACUGAUAUCCAGUAGUAGUCACGCGAAUUCUGUGUAUGUCCUUCACUACAACGCUUUUUGCGCUCUGCUCCAGCAUGUACCUACGGAUCUUGAAUAUUCUCUAUCUCUUAUCCCGUGUCGGAUGUAUGUGUUGUUGUCUUCUGCUAUCUUAAUUUUGAUCGUAAGGAUG